CCUUAUCUGAGUUAUCUCUCACUUCAUCUCCUUGUUCAUCACAGUACACUUGUAGUUCUAGCAUAUUAUAUAUUAUUUUUAAUACUCCAUGGCAAUGUGAAGACAUGGUCACUGAGGUACAAGGGUGGUGAAUAGUUUAUAAGCUGUAGUAGUACAUAAAUUCUUGCCCAGAAAUCAAAACUUUGUAACCGUUAGAGUUGAGGUUUUGAUGGAUCCGGCUUUUCAGCAUCACCCUAUUAUAAUACUACUAUUUUGUUUGGUGUUUUCUGCUCUAGCCUAUUAAUAUCUGUGCUUCAACAAAUUCAAAUAGUUUGUAGUUGAGUCCCUGCCAAUCUCAUCUGUUUCAUUUCUCUGUUGACUGUGGAUUAAUAGUAGGAGAAAUAGUGAGAAAUGGGGAGGGAUUGGGUGUAUAAUUUGAGCAGUCACAGUGGGGCUGAAAGUAACAGAAAAAGAUCAAGAAAGAGAGGUGGAGUUGACAGAAACAACAGUAGUACUACAACAAGAAGUCCUUCUGGCUGCAUGAACGCCGUCUUUCAGCUCUUUGACUUUAAUCACUACUUCAACUUCCCUUUCAACUCUUCUGCUAGCUCCAGCAGCACCACUAUUGAUCAUCAUCCCCCGCCUCUCCAAGGUGUAGUGGCGCCCAGGAAUAGUUUGGAAAUGGAAGAUACAUUCAAUAUCAAAGCGGCUGUCUUAUCGUCUUCUUCAUCUGUUAAUAACCCACAAAGCCUACAACUUCCGAUGGGUGGUAUACAAAUUAAAACAAGGGUAUCGACCGAUCAAGAUUUGUCAUCUUCGUCGGAAAGUGCAUAUACGAGUGGCUCUCCGGCAGGAACCAAGACCCCGACGCUUGUAGCUCGGUUAAUGGGUCUUGAUCUCCUCCCGGAAACGUCCUCUCCUCGGCCUUCCUCCUCCUCCUCCACCUCGAACCUUUCCUCCUCGAAGUCACAUUUAGUUUAUUCGAAAAACAAACGACGCCUCCCUCGUAACAUCACGAAUGAGGCCAACACGGGCACUCGCUCAUUGCCCGAGACGCCGAGGACAUCGGCCUCAUCAGCCAGGAGAUCAGACGUGGACCAGAGGUUUUCGCUGCAGAGUAACAAGGAGAACAGUCAGUUAUCGGGUCAUGAGUUCGAGUUCUCGAAGUUCUUGACAGCGAAGAUCAAUGCGGCUGCUGGAAGACAAGGAGAGGAGAAUAUGAGUCCGGGACACUAUGCGAAACAGAUAGUGAAACAAUUCAAAGAAAGUGUCAGCAGAAGAGUUGGGCGAGACAUUACAAACACUGUUGAAAACAGAUCUGACCAGAGAAGAGACCAGCAUGUUGUGCUUCUCAAGUCAAAAAAGCCAACAUCAUCAUCACAUGAUCAAAAAAAUUCUUGUUCUCCAAAGCUGAAACUCUCGGAUAUGAAGAGUAAAAGCAUGUCCUCAACUCAUUCACCAAAACUCUGUCCCUUACCAUUGAGUCCUUUCGCAGAUAAUCAAUUUGAAUCCGCGAAAGGCCCUUCCAGUGUAAAGGCUCAGCCAGUAGUCGUGGUGGAAGAGAAGCGGAUCCAACAGAAUGUGGGUAAAAAGGUUAGUAAUGAUCAGAAGUACAAUUCACGGCUCUUGGUGCCACAAAGUUCGGAUCUGAUCCGGACCAAACAAGAAGAGUCAUUCGUCAAGUCAUCGACAUCAUCUAGGCCGAAACCAUCAAGGCAUAUUAGAAUUCCGGACCAGAAAUGCAGUAGAAGCACCCCACUGGCAAACGUCCCUACUAUUCUCACAAUCAAAAGAGCCACAAGGCUACCUCAUCAACAGGAGGGACAAAGGCAGCAGCAUAAGUCAUCAGAGUCACAGACAAAGAAUUCAUCAAGAAAUGGUCCUCCUAGUCCUAGUUGUUUGAGCCAGAUAAGUAAGUGCAAGCAGAAAGGGCCUAAGCCAACGGUCCCCCACCUCGUGACUCCCUGCACCAAUUCCAGUGCCACCACCACCGGAGAUCAUCUGCGCCAGUACAUUUCGAAAAUACUAGAACGUACAGGCAUUCAUGACUCCCCUGCAGCCGUCUCGAUCACCAACUGGUACUCCCCCUCCCACCCUCUCGACCCCUCCAUCUUCCACCACCUCAGGCUCUCCGAAACAAGUACUCUCAGCCAGUGUCAGCUCGUGUUUGACGUAGCCGAUGAGAUCCUCGCGGGAAUUCUGAGACCAUAUUUGAAUCUCAAGCCCUGGAAUAAUUACCAGAAAGGGAAAAUUGUCAUGUGUCUUGAGUAUCCACUAUCUGGCAGUCAGCUGAUAAACACGGUGUGCGGGAGAAUCAGAAGCUUACCCUCAGCGGACUGUCGAGUUCUAGAAGAUAUCGACGGAUUGAUAGGUACAGAUUUGAGUGGAAGCAGGGAAAGGGAUGCGUAUGAAGAAGAAUUUGGUGAUGGGAUAGUAGGAGAUGUUGAAGGUGACAUUUUGGAUGGGCUAAUGCAUGAGACGCUGCACAUACUUUUAGUGUCCGUACGAUUAAAAUUAGAAUAAUUAAGAAAAAAAACAAAGAAAACAGGAUCUGACUCGCUCACAUGCAGGGCUGCCGAUGGGGUUCACGUGAUGAGAUGCUAGUCCUGCUUUUGCGACUUAGCCUCCUCUGUAUAUAUUUUUAUUGUUUUUUUUUCUGAUAAUGUAUUUUUGUUGUUAAUUAUCACUGUUAGUAAUGACUAAUGAGUAAUGGGUAAUUUGAUUUAA